AUGGAUCGCAGCGGCGGCGGCGGCGGCGGCUCCGGCGACCGCGGGCAGCGCGCAGAGGACGGCAGGGCGCUCCCCGCAGAACCGCCGCCGGGCCCCGAGGGCACCCGCCCCGCAGCCGCGCCGUGCCGCCGGGCCCUGCUGCACUGCAACGGCAUGAGGUACAAACUGCUGCAGGAGGGGGACAUCCAGGUGUGCGUCAUCCGGCACCCCCGGACGUUUCUCAGCAAGAUCCUCACCUCCAAGUUCCUGCGGCGGUGGGAGCCGCACCACUUGACCCUGGCGGACGGCGCCGUCGCUUCGGCCACGCCAACUGGGUACAUGGAAAACUCCAUUUCCUACAGUGCUAUUGAAGAUGUUCAACUGCUGUCCUGGGAGAACGCCCCUAAGUACUGUUUACAGCUCACGAUCCCGGGGGGUACUGUCUUACUUCAGGCUGCAAACAGUUACCUGAGGGAUCAGUGGUUCCAUUCUUUGCAGUGGAAGAAGAAGAUAUACAAGUACAAGAAGGUGCUCAGCAACCCCAGCCGCUGGGAGGUGGUGCUGAAGGAGAUCAGGACACUGGUGGAUAUGGCGCUGACGUCUCCGCUCCAGGAUGAUUCAAUUCACCAAGCACCACUGGAGAUCGUCUCAAAACUGCUCUCAGAGAACAACAACUUAACCACUCAAGACCAUGAGAGCAUUAUUGUGGCAAUUGCACCUUUGCUGGAAAACAACCAUCCUCCUCCCGACCUCUGUGAAUUCUUCUGCAAGCACUGCCGAGAGCGCCCACGGUCAAUGGUUGUGAUAGAAGUGUUCACACCAGUGGUACAGCGGAUUCUCAAACACAACAUGGAUUUUGGGAAAUGCCCUCGAUUGCGUCUGUUUACUCAGGAGUACAUUCUGGCUUUGAAUGAGCUGAAUGCUGGAAUGGAGGUGGUGAAGAAGUUUAUUCAUAGCAUGCACGGUCCAACGGGACAAUGCCCCCAUCCUAGAGUUCUGCCAAAUCUUGUAGCUGUCUGCUUAGCAGCCAUUUAUUCAUGUUACGAAGAGUUUAUCAACAGUCGAGACAAUUCGCCAAGCUUGAAGGAAAUUCGGAAUGGCUGCCAGCAGCAAUGUGACCGAAAGCCUAAUCUCCCCCUCCGCCUUCUUCACACGAGUCCUGACCUGGUCUCUCAGGAGGCUACCUUGACUGAAUCCCGGCUCAAGCCAGUCAUUGUCACUUCAAAUGAGAUCCAUGUGGAAGUGGAGCACAACAACAAGGCUAAUCAGAAGAUGACAGCCAACGUGGGCAAUGACAGCGAGCCCAACCUGAUUGACUGCUUGAUGGUCAGUCCCACCUGCAGCACCAUGAGCAUUGAGCUGAGCGCCCAGGCAGACAGGAUCCUUGGCUGCUAUGUGGAAAUACUCAAGAUGCUGUCAGACUAUGAUGACUGGAGACCAGCCCUGGCCAGCUUGCUUCAACCUAUCCCAUUUCCCAAGGAGGCACUUGCACACGAGAAAUUCACAAAAGAGCUGAAAUACGUGAUUCAGAGAUUUGCAGAAGACCCAAGACAAGAAGUCCACUCAUGUUUGCUGAGUGUGCGGGCUGGCAAAGAUGGUUGGUUCCAGCUCUACAGCCCUGGAGGAGUGGCAUGUGAUGAUGAUGGAGAGCUGUUUGCCAGUAUGGUUCAUAUUCUAAUGGGAUCUUGCUAUAAAACAAAGAAGUUUCUGCUUUCACUGGCUGAAAAUAAAUUAGGACCUUGCAUGCUGCUGGCCUUGAGGGGUAACCAGACGAUGGUAGAGAUUUUGUGUUUGAUGCUGGAAUACAACAUCAUCGAUAAUAAUGACACCCAGCUCCAGAUCAUCUCUACUCUGGAAAGCACAGACGUGGGAAAGAGAAUGUAUGAACAGCUGUGUGACAGGCAGAGGGAGUUAAAAGAGCUGCAAAGAAAAGGUGGUCCCACGAGGUUAACACUGCCAUCAAAGUCCACAGAUGCAGACCUGGCCCGCUUGCUAAGCUCGGGAUCUUUUGGAAAUUUGGAAAAUCUCAGCCUGGCCUUUACCAAUGUAACAAGUGCUUGUGCUGAGCACCUCAUUAAACUGCCUUCACUCAAGCAGCUGAACCUGUGGUCAACCCAGUUCGGAGACGCAGGGCUGCGGCUCCUGUCUGAACACCUCACGAUGCUGCAAGUGCUCAACCUGUGCGAGACGCCUGUCACGGAUGCUGGGCUGCUGGCCCUUAGUUCCAUGAAGAGCCUGUGUAGUUUAAACAUGAACAGCACCAAACUUUCAGCAGAUACCUAUGAAGAUCUCAAGGCCAAACUGCCCAACCUGAAAGAAGUGGACGUUCGUUACACCGAAGCCUGGUGAACUCUGCCUGCCUCCGACUCUCUUUUGCUUCUGAUGGGAAGGAAAAGAUUUUUAAAACAAACAAAAGAAAAAACAAACCAGAGAAAUAACUUUUUGGUUAAUUCCUGUAGAGCGGUUGAGCGCUGGGACGUGGUGGGAAGGUCGUGGUGUGAGGCGGAGGAGUUGUGUGUGUGUCGGGACAUAGCAGGCCUGGACCCGAAUCCUUGCAGCUUUGUGAUUUCGGAAUCAGCAUUAUUUAAAUUGAAAAGGAGAAAAUCUUUAAAAAAAGAGCAAAAAAA